UCACUACUGCACAAUAAAUGGAUCUUUGGAAAAAAUGCGAGAGAGAGGGAGAAAGGGAGGAGAAGAGGGUGAGCUAAGGGAGGGGGGAAACGGCGUAUGCUUGUAUACAGCAACCCUGAUUUCCAUUUUUUCCCCCAACUCGUAAUGUAUUUAAUUCAAGUGAAACGUAAUCAUGACGUGUCGUGUCAUUAAUCCGCCCGCCGCCUUUCCCAGCACUAAAGGAGGCCCCCUCUGCCAAGAAACUGAAGCAUGGCAUAGCAUCACACAUACUACUGAGAAUGGAUUCUCCUCCUGAGUGUGUGUUGGCUCUGUCCUGUGAGCCGCCCCAGUCACCCCCUACACUACCAUCUCUGGACCACAGUCCCCUGGCCUCCCUUCACUCUUGCUCCCAACUCUCCCCUUUACACAGCCUCCUGGACCUGCCUGUCCCCCUCAGUCCCACAGCCCUGUCCCACACCCCGACCUCCGACACCCCAGAUACCACCCCCUACUCCCCCCUCUCCCCCUUCCCCCUCAAUCACCACAAUGAAGAAGAGGAUGAAGAGAGGCUGUCAGUCCCUCUGUCCCCCACCCCAGCCAUUGCUCUCUUCCCAGGGGGUCUUCGGGAGGUGUGUAGCCCCUCUCUGGAGAGCUCUCCUCCGGCCACUCCGACAUCGUCAGCCCCUCUCUCAGGGUUCGGGGCCCUGGAGCUGGCUCUGUCCUCCGGGCAGCCGGGUGCCACCUGUAGUGAUGAGCUGGACCUCCAGCUCUUCCAUAAGGACGGAGGGUGUCUGUCAGGAUCAAUUCCUGGGGUGGUGGGUGUUUCUGGGGGUGUGGCCGGGCUCAAGUUCCCCUGCUUGGUGUGUGGGAAGAAGUUCCGCUUUCAGAGUAUCCUGUCGCUCCACGCCCGCGCUCACAGUCUAGACAGGGACCGCCGCGCCUCAGCUCUGUACCGGACCGGUACCGCGUCCGGUAGCAUCAUUGGGACGGGGUCCAAGACACAGCUCAAGACCCACCAGAACCACAAGGAUGUCGGGCAGAACCACUACAUCCAACGCCAGAGCCCCCCGCUGUCUAGAUCUCUCACCCAGGGCCAUAGAGGGGAGGACAGGGAUGGGGAAGCCCUAGAGGAGGCUCUCCAGAUGGAUCACCAGAUCCUCCAGCAGUUCCUGAUGGACGACAGCACACAGCUGACCCCUCUGCUGACCGAGGAGUUGCCCCUCUCUCUCUCCCUCACCUCUCCCUACUCCUCCUGCGGCCUGGGUGGUGUGGGUCCCACCAUCUUGGAAAAAGCUACCGCCGUCACAGCGGCAGCGCCCGCGUUCCGCUGCCAUGCCUGCAAAGGUAAAUUUCGCACCGCCUCGGAGCUGUCUCGCCACGUCCGGAUCCUCCACAACCCAUACAAGUGCACCCUGUGUCCCUUCUCUGCCAGCCAGGAGGAGCGCCUGGCCGCACACCUCCAGGACUGCCACCCCUCCCUGUCCUCCCUGUCCCUCUCCCCACCUGUGGACCUCCCCACCCUGCCCCCCUACACCCCCAGACACAUCCCUAUUGUAACCACCACUACCAUCAUCGCCACCCCCAUUCCAGACGCACCCCUGCCCACCCCCACUAUCACCCCAACCACAGCCCCGGCCCCGGCCCCAGGGGUAUCCCCUCUGCCUGCCUUCUGCUGUGAGACAUGCGGCCAGCGCUUUACCCAGUCCUGGUUCCUGAAGGGCCACAUGAGGAAGCACAAGGACUCUCUGGACCACAAGUGUCAGGUGUGCGGCCGUGGCUUCAAGGAGCCCUGGUUCCUCAAGAACCACAUGAAGGUGCACCUCAACAAGUUGGGCCUGAAGGCCGGUCUGGUGGGGCAGGUGGCCCCUGGCGCCGGGGCUGAACAAGGAGGGCCCAAAGGCUCAGUCACCAACCAGGGCCUCAACGCUCUCUACUCCAGCCUCCUGCUGGCUCGUGGUGGGGGUGGAGGUGGUGGUGGAGGGGGGCGAGGCGGACGAGGAAGGGGCGACAGGGACGGCGCCGGACUCUCUAGUAAAUCUGCCAUCUUAGGCUACCUGGGGUUGCCUAGCGACGGCGGCGCCAGCUGCAUGGAACGACUCCAGGCAGUGGCUCAGGUUGCGGAGAUGGGGAACGGUAACGGGGGAGGAGGAAGAGGAGGAGGAGGAAGAGAGACAACAAAUGGAGGAGACCAGAUAGCCAUGUGGCAGUUUGUAGCUCGUAGCCUGGUAGCAGCUCAACAGGCCCAGCAGCAGCAGCACCGAGCCACAUCCAGGAGCACCGUGGUGGGGGAAUCUGAGCAGGUCAGGGCCUACCUUGGAGGUCUGGAUCCCCGGGAGGAGCCGUCGUCUUCCGGAGCCCCAUGGGAGUGCCCCGACUGUGGGAAGCUGUUCCGGAGCCUGCAGCAGGUGGUGGCGCACGCCCGCGUCCACGUCCAGCGGCCCCAGAAGAGCCACGGUCACCCUCCGCGCCACACCGGGGGAGGAGAGGAGGAUGGAGGGGGGAGCCGGGUUGCAGAAGGACGAGGAGGAGGGAGAGGAAGUAGUACUGAAAGAAGACAGGAGUCCAAACUUCAAAGUGGAUCUCAGCAUCAACAAGCAGUCGUCGGAGGGUUCCACUCAGUGAUGUCACAGUUCCAAGGAGAGAAUGGUCUGUCUGGCUCUUCGUCAGGCUCUUCGGUGAGCUCUAGGGAGCGUGUGCGAGGCACGGGGGUGAAAGACUGCCCCUAUUGCAGUAAAGCUUUCCGCUCUUCCCAUCACCUUAAAGUGCAUCUGAGAGUUCACACAGGGGAGAGACCGUAUAAAUGUCCCCACUGUGACUAUGCUGGCACCCAGUCAGGCUCUCUAAAGUACCACCUCCAGAGGCACCACAGAGAACAGAGGAACACCAUGGGAGCCUCUUCAUCCACCGCCUCCUCACCAGGCCUCACCACCGCCUCCCUAGGCAGAGGGGGAGCUCCACAGGGGGAGGGGAGGGAGGGGAUGGCCAAACAGCGCCGGCCCCAGAGCCUCAACCACAGCUCGGCCACCAGAGGCCUAGAGGAGACGCCUUCCUCCAGGCACAAUCAGCACCAGCCCUGGAUACUGGGCCUCCCCGAGCAGAGAGACAGGGAACACGCUAAGGCCAUGGCAGGACUGAGAGAGGCAGAUCUGGAGAGCCAGUACCGGUAUCUGUCCGGGGUGAUGGGGGCUUUGUACCAGGGAGGGAUGGAGGGAGGGUGGACGGGGGAGUCACCAACCUCCACCCCCACCCCAACCCCACCAAAGGCGCCUAAAGUGUCCCGCCGCAAACCGCUCACCACCAGCCGUAUGGUGCCAGCUAAUGGGAGGGAGCGGAAGGGAGGGGGGUCAGCUCCUCGGGGUUCCCAGGAGGGAGGGUUGUUGUCCCAGCCCCUGGACCUCUCCCGCCGCCCCUCCCCUGGGCUCGGAGGUCUGGAGGAGGAUGGAGUACCAGGAGGAGGUGGAGGAGCAGGGGAUACCCUCAACCAGUGCCUGUUCUGUCCCUUCCGCACCUCCUCGGCCGAGCUCAUGGCCAUGCACCUCCAGGUCAACCACACCAGCAAGUCCAGGCGUAAGAGGAGGGCCCCCAUCCCCACCGCCCUGGGUGACCACGGGCCUCAGAGGCCUCCCCAACCCAGGGCCGACCCCAACCCCCUGGCCCUGUGGAGGUAUCUGAGCGAGGCUGAAGACCGGGCCCCCCUGGAGGAGUGGGCCUCAUCCAGGAUGGAGAGGGAGAGGGGGACGGAGAACGGCCUCACACCAGAGGAAGGGGACCUCGAGGGUCGCUACGACCACCACCACCCCGAGGCUUCUAACCGGGCCUCCACCACAAUCAGGAAAAAACAGAGUGGCCUCGUCAGUAGUAGGAAGUUGGAUGAGGAAGAGGAGGAAGAGGAGGAAGAAGAAGAGGAUUUGGAAGGGGAGAGCAUUAGUCCUGGGGAUUCACCUAGAGAGCAUGGGAUGAGGAUGUCUCUCACCAUGUCACCUUCCCUCGGCUCUGACCGUCUAACCAGAGGGGAGGAAGGAGUGAUGGGGGACUAAACAACAACAACAAUGUCAUCCUGCAGAGUGAAGGGAAAAAGCGGUUCAACUAGACAUGAAGGAAGUUGUUUGGGGGUCAUAGGUUGGAUGUCAAGUUCAUAUCACCUCUUUUAUAUAGUUCAAGGUCAUUGUCAAGGUCACGACCCCCUGACCCUUGACUUUCAAGGGCCACGGACUGAGAACCAUGUCCAUGGAGAGGGUCAUGUAAACAACAGCUCACAUACCUCUUUAGGAACCCCUUUUAAACAUCCUCCAUUUUUAUCUCUCUUCUUUUAAUAUUUACAUCCCGGGAGUUCAGUGCAGUCCUCUCCAUUUUCCCAACCAACCAAAACCCCCCUUGUACAAACACACAGUACAGUGUAGGACUUUUGAGGCCUUCUCUUCUAUAUUUCAACGUUUCCUGUUUUCCAUUCCAUCUCCUACCAAGAGGGCUAAUUGUGAUGAUUUGAUCGAGAUUGUCCUCUUGCUGCUGUGAGUCUUAAUAUUAGUAUGUGAGCAAAAAGAAACUGUGACCUCCUACUAUUCCAGAGAACACAAAAAUGAUUUUAUCAGACCUUUUACUUCAUGUUUCGAGAAUAAUAAUACUUAUAAGAGUAACGUUGUUGAUUAGUUAUACAACCCACCGCUGUGAAUGGAGGAAAUCUUUAGCAGAACAAGUGUCAAAAUAGGCCAAACUUCAUCACAACACUUUCAAGGUCAUAUUAUGGUCUGUUCAAGAGCACCGAUUCGGAACCGCGGUUCAACCCGGAACCAUUCAAGCUGUCAACUCAAGCUAAGCUAUCCAACUGUCUGCAACAACAACAAAAAACACAACAGGAGCAACAGGAGCAACUUUUUAACAGACAACUAUUGACAUGACAAUGAUCAAGGACAAGAUGAUCCUGGACCCUGUUAUCACUGCCUCAUUGGUCGGAUGGCUGUUCCAAGGUCACCACGGGAACAGAGGAGCAGUUUGUCAUUUCCUGUUUUCCCCUCAGUUUAGUGCCUGUCUAUGUAUGGUAUGUCGUCAAGGGAGAUCUACAGUAUAGACCAGUGUUUCUGGGCUCUUAUAGAACAAUGAUAUCUGAGUAUACAGUAUAAAGCUAAAGUAUAUAUGUUUAAAAAAUGGUUCUAGGGUAUUGUGAAUAGAAAGCUGUAGUGGUAUACAAAGUGGUGUGGAUCUGUCUCUCGUUACAAGAGACCGAUAGCAUCUCUCUGUGGCUUCUGUGAAAAGAAAAAGCACUUAUUAGUUGAUGAUGAUGAAACAAUAGAUAUACAUAUGAAUCAAAAGAGAUCAAGGUGAAAGGUCAAGAAGUGAAAAUGUAGGUGAAGGGUCAGAGGUCAGUGUUUACAGCAGAAAUGCCAGCAUGUUCAGAGUCGGACGUGGGAUAGCGGUUAUUUCUUACGUUGUCGUGGUGACCAACUGACAACUGAACAAACAGAAGACUGUUUUGGGGGACACGGGACCGACAGACAGACUGUGCAUCCCGAACACAAUCAGCUGACACGUCUGGUCAGGUGACCAAGGCUCCACGACCGUGUCACACUCUUUCAUUUCAUUCCUUUUACCAGAAAAAGAGAAAAAAAACAAGGGGGAGGAAAAAUGGAGGAGAGAAAAGAGUAAGUUCCCUCACAGAGCGGGGGACCGAAGCUGAGAAAGGAAACUGUUGUACUCUUGGGGUACGCCGUCUUUUAGAUGACUAGAUUCAUUUCUUUUUAAGAGAAGAAGAAGAACAGUAGAAAAGAGUAAGCAUUAAAAAAAACUAACAAAUCCAUAGAUACAUUCCGGUAGAAUGUGUGUGUAGCUUUUGUAAAGACAAGAAGAUAAGAAAAAAAUCCCUUUGUUUAUUUUCAUUUCAAGAAGAGAAGCUUACAGAGAAGGUUAUGAAUAUAGGUAAUAAUAAUAAAUAUAAGGCUUGUUGUUGUGAGGAAAACACUAGUUGGAAUGUCUGUCUAUCAGGGUUGGGGUCAAUUCCAUUUCAAUUCCAGUCAAUUCAGAAAGUCAACCCGAUUCCAAUUCCAAAUUUUCCCCAUUGAAGAGAAUUGGAAUUUCAGUUUACUUCCUGAAUUGACUGGAAUUUAAAUGGAAUUGACCCCAACCCUGCUGUCUAUAAAGAGCACUGUGCAAGGUUUAUCAUUUCCCAAAGUAGUCAUUUUAUUUUGACUUUAUCGAUAGACCAAAACCUAUAUCUUAUGAAAAUGUAAUGAGUCACAUUCUGUUGGAGUAAACAGCUGCCGUUUCCAUCCCCUCGCCCCGAUAAAUCAAUCAAUCAAUCAAUCAAUAAUCCAAUCAAAACUUUAUUGUCAUGUUAUUAUUAAGUGCUUGUAUGAGAUUCAAGUUGACAUCACAAAAUAUAAUUUGAUAUCAAAAUAUGAACCUAUACCUAGUAUCACAUACCAUAGCCAUGGUAUUGUCUUAGAGCAUCAUACCACACACAGUUCUGCACACAGUGAACAUGCAAAUAUAAAAAAUCCCUACUCAUGAUUGUAAACAUCACUAAACUAUUUGAUUGGAUAAGUCCUGCCUUCUCGCCCUCUUUGCCCAUUGGUUGACGGCGAGAGCCUGGGAUCGGAACAGCAGCCUUACUUUUGGUUUACGUGUUUUACUUCUAUCCUCAUUAGAGCGCCUUAUAUGAGUUUAGAAGUUCUCUAAGUGGUGUUUCCUUAAAGACAGGCUACAUCCAUAACUGCACUCUAUUCCCUAUAUAGUCCGUUACUUUUGACCAGGACCAUUGAGCCCCGGUCAAAACUAGUGCUAUGAACCCUGAUCGAAAGUAGUGUACUAUUUAGGGAAUAGAGUGCCCGUUUGGAUGUAGACUGUAGUGUCAAAGCCACCGUGCCUUCUGUGUCAAGCACUUCCUGGAUUUGGUAUUUUGUAAGCUCACCAAAAGCACUUAGCCCACAUCUGUCUCUCUUUCUCUCUCUCUCUCUCUCUCUCUCUCUCUCUCUCUCUCUCUCUCUCUCUCUCUCUCUCUCUCUUUCUCAUCCUCUCUCAUUUGUGACCUUCCAAUUUUGUUCUGUCCACUCCCUCCCCCCUUUCAAUCCCUUUAUCCUUUCAUGUCUGUGUGUAUGUCUCUCUCUCUUUUCUUCCUCUCUUCCGUAACCUGUUACUCUCUCUCUCUCUCUUCUCUACCUCCCUUCCGUACCCUCUCUCUCUUUUCUUCCUCUCUUCCGUAACCUGUUACUCUCUCUCUCUCUUCUCUACCUCCCUUCCGUACCCUCUCUCUCUCUUCUUCCUCCCUUCCGUACCCUCUCUCUCUCUUCUUCCUCUCUUCCGUAACCUGUUACUCUCUCUCUCUCUCUCUUCUCUACCUCCCUUCCGUACCCUCUCUCUUCUUCCUCUCUUCCGUAACCUGUUACUCUCUCUCUCUCUCUUCUCUACCUCCCUUCCGUACCCUCUCUCUCUUCUUCCUCUCUUCCGUAACCUGUUACUCUCUCUCUCUCUCUUCUCUACCUCCCUUCCGUACCCUCUCUCUCUUCUUCCUCUCUUCCGUAACCUGUUACUCUCUCUCUCUCUCUUCUCUACCUCCCUUCCGUACCCUCUCUCUCUUCUUCCUCUCUUCCGUAUCCUGUUACUCUCUCUCUCUCUUCUCUACCUCCCUUCCGUACCCUCUCUCUCUCUUCUUCCUCUCUUCCGUAACUUGUUACUCUCUCUCUCUUCUCUACCUCCCUUCCGUACCCUCUCUCUCUCUUCUUCCUCUCUUCCGUAACCUGUCACUCUCUCUCUCUCUUCUCUACCUCCCUUCCGUACCCUCUCUCUCUCUUCUCUACCUCCCUUCUGUACCCUCUCUCUCUCUCUCUUCUCUACCUCCCUUCCGUACCCUCUCUCUCUCUCUUCUCUACCUCCCUUCCGUACUCUCUCUCUCUCUUCUCUACCUCCCUUCCGUACCCUCUCUCUCUCUUCUUCCUCUCUUCCGUAACCUGUCACUCUCUCUCUCUGUGGCACCAUUAGAAGGUGAUGAUGUGUACUAUCUGGUAUUGAGGCCUUUUAUUCUUAGAUUUGUAUUGUCAGUUUGUGUGAUGUUCGUACAUUUGUUUGACAUUUGAUGCCUGAUGAGAUGGAGUAACAUGAUGAGAUGGAGUCUUCUUCUUAUAAUUAUUAUUAUUAUUGCUUUGGCAUUAUUAUGGAGAAGAAAGAAAGAAAAAAAGAAAAAAAAUGUGUUGUUUAAUGUUGUACAGAACAUUAUAGCACUAGAGAUGUUGUGUUUUUAAAAAGAGAGCAUAAACCCAAGUGCUAGUCCCGCCCACUCCUCCCUCCCAUUGGCAGAUAGGACAAGUGCCCUGCCAACGAUAGGAGAAGUGACCUAAAGGUAACUGACUUGCCCUCAAACUGACACACAUGUUCGAUCCAAUGAAUCUAAUCCACAUCGUACUCUUAAAUUACCCACAGAAUAUGUCAUAUUUUGUAUUUAAAUGCUUUAACCAGGCAAGUCAGUUAAGAACAAAUUCUUAUUUACAAUGACGGCCUACCCCAGCGAUGCUGGGCCAAUUGUGCAUCGCCCUAUGGUACUCCCAAUCACGGCCAGUUGUAAUACAGCCUGGAAUCAAACCAAGGUCUUUAGUGACGCCUCUAGCACUGAGAUGCAGUGUCUUAGACCACUGCACCAAUUUGGAGCACUAUAUAUAAUGUGAUAAUAUGUGAUAAUAUGAAUGUCCCAGACAGGCAACAGGCAAUCUUAAAUAUUUCCUCAAUUGCUUUUUGCACUGAAAAUCUCCCUGAAACAUGCUUGAAAUAUUUUAAUUGGUGCCUAGCGACACUCACCAGACAGUUUAUUAGGUACACCUAUCUAGCACCAGUUCGGACCCCCCUUUUCCUCCAGAACUGACUAAAUUCUUGUGUCAUUCUACAAGGUGUCAGAAAUGUUCAAAAGGAGAUUGGUCCAUGCUGACACGAUGGCAUCACCCAGCUGCUGCAGAUUGGACGGCGGUACAGCCUGUUCCUUCUCAUCCCAAAUAUGUUCUAUUUGGUUGAUGUCUGGGGACUGCGCAGGCCACUCAAGUACAACUCACUGUCAUGUUCCAGGCAAUGUUUUUCCACUCCUCAGUUGUCCAGAGUUGGUGAUUGCGUGAUCACUGGAGCCGCUUCUUCUUGUUUUUAGCUGAUAGGAGUGGAACACUUGGUGGUCGUCUGCUGCAACAGCCCAUCCGUGACAAGAAGUUGUGCCGUUCUGCACACCACUGUUGUAGUGCGCCGUUAUUUGUCUGUUUUUCGGCCCACCUGUUAGUUUGCAUGAUUCUUGACAUUUUCCUUCGAUCUCUCAUCAACGAGCUGUUUUUGCCCACAGAACUACCGCUGACUGGAUGUUUUUUAUUUGUAGCACCAUUCUCAGUAAACCCUAGACACUGUCAUGCCUGAAAAGCCCAGGACGGCAGCCAUUUCUAAUAUAUUGCUUCUGGCAUGUUGACACCACGCCCAAAGUUGCUUAGGUCACUCGUUUUGCCCAUUCUAACGUUCAGUCGAACAGUAACUGAAUGCCUUGGUGCCUGUGUGCCUGAUUUAUAUAGCAAGCCAUUGCCACAUGAUUUACUGUCUAUAGGAGCAAUCCAUUUUGUACCUAAUAAACUGUCCAGUUAGUGUAUAUUGUUGACCCUUAAUUUCUUAGUUGUUUUUUUCAAAGAAAAAAAACUAUAGUGGUGUGUGAGGGCAUCCUAUAGUGAUAGGUUGUGUCCCAAAUGGCACCGUAUUCCCUAUUAAAUGCCCUGCUUUUGACCAGGGCCAUAGGGCUCUGGUCCAAAGCAGUGCACUAUAGGGUGCCGUUUGGUCUAACACCACUGUCUGUUGGAGAGGUGGAGGGAAGUGCUGGGUUUGGGCUCUUGUGUAGAUUACUGCCAUUGCAGUGAGGGAAAAAUGUACCUAACAUAGUAGUAACUAAUAAUAUGAGUUUGUGGACAGAUUUAAAAAACAACAUUAGAGAUGAAUAAACGCAAAGAAAAACAA